AUGGCAUCUUCUCAGCUGGAGAUUGUUGCCUCUUCGACUUUCGGUUGUGUCGUAAAUUAUCACAACUGUAAAGAACGAUGCAGAGACAACAAUGUGAAAAGUGUGUUCCACAAGAAUUUCAACGACUUGGUUCGAGAUCACAUCAAUGGCUGCAUAUCUAUGCCUUCCCCUCAAGGUCCACAAAAUCACCACGUCAACAACGUGAAAAACGACGACCCUUCUGCUUCGACGAUCCCCUCGAGGCCGCCUCCGAUUCUCGAUAGGUGGGUGACUAGGAAGUCCCAAUAUGUGGCGCAAUCCAACACCAACAAACGUGUAAAUGAAGUUGCAGAACCAUUGUUGACUCCUUCACAAUCAUAUUCAAACACUGCAACAUCACCGAUGCCACCGCCUUCUUCGUGUAGCAGGACUUUCGGCGCUUGGGAAACCGAAAGAGUGAGAAUUGUGGAUAUCAUCAAGAAAUUGAAAAAUGGUGAUGAACAUGAGCAUAGUAAUAACGAAUACAUGCAUUGUUUCUCAAUGGUCAGAAACACGCCCCUACUAAGAGGGCGACAAGCAGUCCAUGAUUUGCUCGUACAGAUAGAGCGAGACAAGAAAAGAGAGUUGGCUUCACUAGUGCAACGCCAUGCAGUUUCUAAAUUUCAACAGCGUGGUCGUCUUCAGUCAAUGCUACGGCUUAGAAGUCUACAACGCUGUCGCACAAUUCAAGAUUCAUGUCGUCCACAAUUACUGCGGGCUCAGCUGAAUCGACUCCCACAAGAGUCCUCCGCUAUGCAUCUCAGGGAGAAGUUUAGAACUGGUGCUGAGCGUCUCAUGGCACAGCAGAAUGUUUUAGCUGCUUGGAGAUGCUUUCAAAAGGACAAAAAUUCCACCGGCAAACCCCAGGAAAGGGAAGAUACUCAUUGCCUAAACGUGGACCGGAGUUCAUGGCCGGUUAAACGUUUGAAAACAAACAAAAAUGAACAUGCCAAGCCAUUUUCAGAUGCCAUACAACAGAAGACAAGCCUGGAUGCAAGGUGUUCUCAAUCACCAAUAACUGCAAGAUGUUCUCAAUCACCAAAAACUGAAAGAUGCUCUGAAUCACCAAGAAUUGCAAGAUGCUCUGAAUCACCAAAAAUUGCAAAGCCAAGGACAUCCUUGAAGGGUAAAUCUAUGAAUGAGGUGUCCUUAAAGCAAGAGUCCAACACCCAACAACAUCUCUUCCAUGGCUCACAAGAAAUUGUAACUCGAAAUGAGGUUGCAAAAGCAGACCAGGUGAAGGACCAGCAUCAUCUUAGUCUUGAAUCGCAAGGAACCAUGGAACCAUGCGAUGAUCAUCAUCUGCAUCUCGGGCUAGAGUCUCAGUGUCAGGAUACCAUAGAGAAUGAGAUUGGUGAAGAAGAGGGCGACGAUCAUCACCAGCAUCUCGGGCUAGAGUCUAAGUCUCAUAAUACUGUAGAGAAUAAGAUUGGUGUAGAAGAAAUCGAUGAUCGUCAUCAGCAUCUCGGGCUAGAUUCUCAGUCUCAGGAUACUAUAGAGAAUGAGAUUGGUGAAGAAGAGGGCGACGGUAAUCGGCAACAUCUCGAGCUAGACACUGAGUCUCACGAUACUUUAGAGAAGUCAUCAACAUGCUACAUCAAUGACAGCAACGAGAAUGAGGCACCAGAAGAGGAGGAUGAUCACAACCAACAAUAUUUUGAAGAAAGUAAUGAUUAUGACUGGUUCAGUAACAUAUCUCGGCCUAAAAGUUAUUGGGAAAGCUUAAGGAAAGCAUGGUACCAUGAAGUGCUUAACACAGCCCCAAAAAAUGAAGAUAUACGUGAGCUAGUGAAAAGGGGAAGAGUGUCAACUUUACUCGUAAGCGAUUUUCGAGAGAGCAUGGACCAGUUGUUGACUUGCCGUAUACAAAUACAAACAGAUUUAGCUGAAAAUCAACAAGAUGUUGAGGAUAUGGAUGGAACGAUAUCUAGGAGAAGAGUUUCGAAUUUACUUUGUAGUGAUUUUUUAGAGAGAAUGAAACGAUUAGUGACUUCUCGUGCACAAGUUCAAGCAGAUGGAGCUGAAUGCAGUCAGCAAGAGGUUGAGGGUAAGGAAGAAUCAAUCCAACCGAUGUGUUGCCUGCAGACUAAUUUUCAUCCGGAAGGUGAUCAGGGUGAAGAACAAGAAUAUGACGACGACGAUGAUGACCAAGACGAAGAAGAAAGUAGCUCAAGCAGCCAUCAAUGUCAUGAAGCCAAUAACUUCUCCCAUCAUUGCUCAUCAUCUUUGCAGAUGCCUUCACCGGAUGUUAUGGCGAUGAGGUCAUGGAGUUCUCAAGAUGAUAACGAAACUGGGAAAGAUUAUGAACGUGGUGCAUCUGAAUUUUCACCUCCACCCCAACAAUCUCAAGCUCAGUGUUUUCAGGAUGCUAGUCAGUCGUCUUCUUCCACGAAUCGUCCCUCACUCGAAAUGGAACUCAUAUAUGAGUUAAGAGGGCAUAUAGAGCAACUUCACCGUGAGAUGAGUGAGCUAAGAAAAUCAUUUCUGAGCUGCAUGGACAUGCAGAUGAAAAUGCAACAAUAUUCCUUCGAUCGGAAAGUUCAUUCGGUUGAAGAGGAAGUAAAAAAUUCAACAGAUAAAUUAUCAUGGAAACGCACUUGUUGCGUUUGCUACGAAAUGCAGGUGGACUCAUUAUUGUACAGAUGUGGACACAUGUGCACCUGUUUGAAAUGUGGGAAUGAAUUGCAAAAGUGCCCACUAUGCCAAGCUUCAAUCCUAGAUGUUUUUAAAAUAUUUGUUGAC